CCAAGUAGAACUAUGGGGACUGUCGAAGAAACUCUGAAGUGUCCUGCCUGCCAGGAUUUUUUCACAGAUCCUGUCAAACUCCCAUGCAGACAUGACUUUUGUCUGACCUGCAUCCAGGCUGUCUGUGAAGACGGUCCUUUUUUCUGCCCAGAGUGUCAGAUCCUGCUACCAUCCAACAUCACCCUGGAGAUAGAUGCAAGCCUACAAAGCAAAGUGAAUGAGUUGAUUAUCAAAUCAUCAACGUCGGCGCUACAGACAGAAACUAAAUCUUCAUCAGUGAUACUCUGCGACCACUGUAUUGAGAUGCCAUCAGAAGCUAUUAGGACCUGCCUGACCUGUGACGCCUCUUUGUGCCAGGCCCACGCAUUGUUGCACCAGCAAAGAUCUGCACUGAGGGAGCACACCGUGGUGGAGGUGACACAGGAUCUGCUGUCUUUAAAAUGCAAGGAGCACCGUGAUGAGCUGAAGUUCUUUUGCUUGGAGGAGAGAGUCCCUGUUUGCUGUUUGUGUGUCCUGGUUGGUGCACACAAGAAUCACAAAGCAGCCCGGUUACAUGAAGCCUGCACAGACUUAAAGAGUGUGUUGGAGAGAACUGUGAAACAACUGCUGCAGAUGAGAUGUGAAGCAGAGAAUGCCAUUAAGGACUUGGAGUUCAUGUAUACGCAAACAGUGAUGUCUGCAGCGGAUUUCAGAGAGAGAAUCUCAGACAAGUACAACAGGAUCCGAGUUGUGCUGGAUGGCGACGAGCGUCUGAUGACACAGAUCAUUGAUGCAGAAGAGGAAUGCAUGAGCGAGUGGCUGGAAGCACAGAGAGGAAUCGUGGAGGCUCGCAUCAAGGAGAUAGACAAACUCAGAGUUUCCAGUAAACUACUCUUACAAGAAACACAUGACCUGAGCUUCAUACAGCAAAUCACCGCUCAGAAUCUGUGUGACCCUCCAAGUUUGGCACCCAUUCAGCAAAUAGACAGAGAACUGUGUGAACCUGACAAGAUGAGAACAGUAGAGAAGCUGGUGGAUGACCUGUCGGUGGCUCUGUCGCAACACUUACCUCGAAUGUGGUCCUAUCUAGGUUGUCCUGCUCUCGACUUGAAAACAGCCCACCCAAAGCUGGAGGUAUCCCAGGAUGGGAGACAAGUGUGCUGGGGAGUGCAACCUGACAGUGGAGCUCCAAUCACUCAGCCAUAUGAUUCCCAAUACAGCGUCUUGGCUCAGAAGAGUUUUACUACUGGCCGACACUACUGGGAAGUCAUCGUACAGGAGAAACCAUAUUGGCUGAUCGGUGUGACUACUGGUCCAGUCACUGGAGAUGUUGGUCUGAGUCUGAGGCCUUCUGGGGUGGGUGUGAAUAAGACUUCCUGGUGCAUCUACCACGGUGAUGGACAGUACAUGGCGUGCCAUGACACCCAGGAGAAGCAACUGCAAGUUGGGAAGAAAGUCAGAAAAUUGGGCAUACUGGCAAAUCUUCCCAAGGGGGAGCUGUCGUUCUACAAUGCAGACACCAUGAGUCUGCUUCACUCUUUCUGCGUGGAGUGCAAAGAGCCAAUUUUCCCAAUGUUUAACCCCUGCAUUGAUGUAAAUGGUCUGAACGGACAGCCCUUGACCAUGUUUUGGAUCAAGGAUCCCUGGGAUUGGAGCGUCAGCACAGAUGGAGGUGACGAGUGAUUUUGUCAUUUGUCAAACUACAGUACAAAAAGGAUGUUGGACGUUAGAUAUUGUUUAGUCUCGUAUAAUAUGAAUAUUAAGUUUGCGUGUUUGAUUUUGGUAUUUGACAUGAUUAGAGAAAGUAACUGACACCACUUUACACUGUAAAUAUUUAAUCCAUUCAUUUCUGGGACAAACUACUGUCACACAGUUCACAGAGUUAAUGACUCAUGCAUUGCUUGUUCUUUUCACCACAUGACCCUCAGCACAGCACAGCACCGAGGUCAUUCGUGCCUUCGGUGUCACAUGUCAGUGUACCUUGCACGGGCGACCUGUAUGAAAAAUCUACCUAAUUAAGCCUCAAUAUAGGUGUGACACUGCAUCUUCAUGUGUCUUUAUAGAUGAUAGAGAAAAUGAGAAAUGGCAUCCUAUUGAGUUGUAAAUUGAGGUCUUGUGUGCCCAUUUGUUCACAUAUAGAUUAAUAAAAUAUAUCUUUUAUGUAUAUGUGUGUGAACACAGCCAAAUUGAACCUUUUGAGUAAAAUUACCUCCAUAAGUCAUUUUUAGUCGAUUAAACCAAACAAGUAAAGCUGUGUCUCGGGCAAUAAUGAAUCCAAGCUAUUAUGUAGGUCAUCAUCAUCAUCAUCAUUAUCAUCAUCAUUAUAAGCUUCACAUCAUUGCCAAAUGUGCAGAACACUUCAAGAUGUCAUCCUUAUAAGUACAUGACUGGGUUAUAUAUAAUUACAUUCACAGUCCAAACUACGACAACUGCAAACACCAAAC